AUCGCUAUCAUGGAAACCACCUCUCAAGACUUCCAAAUAGCAGCCUUGGCCGCAGGCUUCUCGCUUGGAUACGGGGUGUUGACAGUAUGGGAAGCAAUCAAACAGACACGCCGAAACCGCAACCCCCUCCGCUCGGUAUACAUCUACAUGAUAUGGGGUGAGCUAUUGGCUAAUAUCUCCAUCGGAGUAUUGGGAUGGCUAUUUCUCCAAGGCAUUUUUGGUCCUACUGUACCGGUCCUGUUCUUCAUUCUGUUCUCAUGGGUCCUUCAAAUCCAAUUUCUCAUGCAGAUCAUCAUCAAUCGAAUUGCUCUUAUCGCGGAGCAUCGCGGCACUGUCCGUAAAAUCAAAUACGGAACUGCCAUCUUAAUUACACUUGUUAAUCUGAGUGUAUUCUGCAUCUGGAUUCCGGCACACCUUUCACCACCAGCCAGUCCCUUAUACGUCAAGCUGAACAACGUAUGGGACAAGAUCGAAAAAGUUGUCAUUCUCCUCGUCGAUGCUGGGCUCAAUUAUUACUUCCUUAGAAUCGUAAAACUCCGCUUGGUGGAGCAACAUCGCCUGACCAAAUACUCGCCUUUGGUUGCAUUCAAUGCUAAACUGAUGAUUCUUUCUAUCAGCAUGGACGGUCUUCUCAUCGGCCUCAUGUUCUUGCGAAACCCUGUGGUUUACGUCAUGUUCCAUCCUGUGGUUUAUCUCGUCAAACUCAACAUUGAGAUGUCCAUGGCAUCGUUGAUUACCCACGUGGCGAAGGGGGGAAGCAAAAACGACAUGUAUCCCGAACACCACUUCGAUUCCUCCAGCGGCCCACGCUCCAAAGGCACAGGCACAAACCCACGAUUCGAUCUACAAUCAGCGCAACACACUGCUUUUGCCGAGAGAGGGAACACUUUCCAGCUGGCUUCUUUCAACGCCAAAGGUGGACGUGACACGGUAUCGCGUGCCGACAAUGCAUCGCUCGAGGAUGCGGAGGGAGGCAUCCACUGCCGCACAGAUCUCAAUGUGGUGAUAGAAAACGUCAGCUCAGAUGACACUAGUGAUAUUGAUCAGAAGAGAAGGAGUAGCUCGAGAAGCUCGAAUGAGGCGCCAACAUCACAAUUUGGAGAUGAAAUUCCGUUGAGGAAAGUUGGCGUUAUUCAAGCAACACCAUAG